AUGUAUAAAUAUGCAGAAGCCUCCAAAGCAAUCUCUGUUGUUGUAUUAUUGAAUCCUUCCUCCACCAAUGCUUCAAACCUUCAAAUCACAUCUUCCUUUCGCACUACAUCCAGUCUCACCAUCAUCACCACCAUCCAUCUCUGCUUCUUCCCCCUCAACCCCACCCACCCUGUCCUUCCCCUUCCCCUUCUCCUUACCUUACCCCAAACUCUUCCUCACCCCCCAGCACCAAAAAUGGUAACCAGGCCAGAGCAACGAAAAGUCCAAACCAUCACCAUCAACCUCAACAUCAAAAUCAGCAUCACCCAGAAGCAGUGUAAUACCAGGGACACCUAUACACCCCUCGCACGACUCGUCGCACGAGCGGAGUAA